AUGACUGGAGUCGAUGCUCCGAAUUGCGAGUGCGUUCCCUAUCACAAAUGUGAUCCGUCAUCGGAUAGAGUAACUGAGGACGGUUCGUUUGACAAGUUCGGAUCGCAGAAUAUACGAAAGACUCGCUGUGCAGAUAUAUUGGCAUUAUGUUGUCCCCACCAUCGAUUGCGUACAAAGACUUUGAAUCCCAGGCCAAAGCGAAAUCGAGGUUGUGGAAUUCGCAAUGUUGGUGGCUUGGACUGCGAUAUCAAGGGUGCCACACAGUAUGAAUCCGACAUUGGCGAAUUUCCCUGGACAGUGGCUAUACUGCAGUCUGGUAACUAUUCCUUUGCAGGCACACUCAUCCAUCGGGUGGUGUUGACUGCUGCGCACCGGGUUCAACCAUGGGAAACGUAUACGGUUCGUGCUGGAGAAUGGGACUUCAAGUCCACCAAUGAACGCCUUCCAUCUCAAGAGAUUGAGGUGGAAAGAGUCAUAAAGCACCAUGCAAAACAAUAUGGCACUCUUAAUCCUCAAACAAUCGUUCUCACUGGACGAUCAUAUCAAUCUUUCACCCUGAGCACAUCCCUCUUAUGUGCUGGUGGCCAGUCCGCCCUCGACAUGUGUCAGGGCGAUGGUGGCGGACCACUGGCCUGCCCCCUUGGAGAUCCGAGGGAAAAUCGCUACCAGCUUAGUGGCAUUGUGUGUUUCGGAAUCAGAUGCAACACCAAUUGGCCAGCGGGCUAUUCCAACGUGGCCCUAAUGCGAAAUUGGAUUGACCAGGAAAUGACUGUCAAUGGUUUCGAUAAAUCCUACUAUACCGCCUGA